AUGAUCCCAGAAUAUCGCAGUGAAUGCUCGGUUUCACUGCUUCAGCGAAACGACUGUCCAAGAAAUGGGAACAAAGGUUUCGUCGAAGUGGCGUCGUGGAACGACUGGGUGGUGGCGGCGCCGACUGAAAAGACCCUCUUCCUGAUCCACCGCGAAAACAAGCGCCUGAAUACGGUGCAUCUCGACCUGCACGAGAUCCUGCCAUCGACGACAAACGUCGCCAAACGAAAAAUACUCGAUUUGGCGAUUUAUUAUUCCGAAAAGAAAGAGGAAGUUUCCAUCUACAUCUACGUCAUGCUGGAGCAGGCGGAGAAGAAGUUUUCGAUUUACGAAAUUAAAUUCCUACGCACCAAGAGCAUUGACGAUAUCAAAAAUGGAUCAGCAGAGAGACGAUCGCAGCUUUUACUUGACCCGCCAGUGAAUGCCGAAAGUCAAGCCACUCCGUCAAAAUCCAAGCUCUCCAAGUUUCAACUGGGUUUCGACCGGAACCCCUUCACGAAAGGAAAUGACGAGCCCCGGCCAGUGCGCAUUUAUAUCUAUGGAAUCCUCGGGCAGAAGGGGCGCAUCUUCUGCUACGAUUUGGACAAGAGCACCAGCGCGCGAAACAACUCUGCUCGCAAAGUGAUGACCUUCGAGACGAACCAGGUUCCCCUCUGCUUUGAAGCGGGCAAUACGGAAGUGACGAAAGAAAAUCCGAUCGAACGAGGCAAACUUGCGGUCGUCAUCCGGCAAGGAAACGCUGGCAACCUAGGCGAUCCAAAUAUCAAAAUCAAAGAAGACGUCUCCAAGAAUUCCACGACACCCAACAACGGAAAGCGCGAAGUCAAAAUUCCUGGCAUUUACAAAUGUCCCGAGUUGAUACGAUGGCAUCCGCACAAAGACUGGUUAUGUGUAGUUUCUGUGAAAGACAACACUUACGCUCCAGUUGGCCGGCAAGUCUGCCUUUUUGACUUGGCAGAAAGCAGGAAUCCGAAGUCUGAUCGUUCAAAGAGAUCCAAAGCACGCUACGAAUUCCAACUUGAUUCUUCCGGCCAAGUCUUUGUUUCUUGGAGGCCGUGUUCUUCCUGCGAUCCCAACGCACACACCUACAAUCCAUUUCAAUUUCUGUAUUACACCUCCAGUGAAGAGGCGACCCCCGUCUACCUCAUGGACUUUCGUCGUGCUUCUGUUCCUAUAGGGGUUUUCAAAGCUCAAGGAGAGUCUAUCCGCUGUAUUUCCGUAAACCAAAACGGGCGGGGAAUGUACGCCGCUACGAUUGAAGGGAAAGUCCAUUACUUCGCGUUCAAAGCAAAUGAUGUUCUCUACUCAAGCGUGGAGGACAAGCUGCCAAAGAGGGCAAUCGCGAUCGCUCCCAGUGGAGAGAUAAUUCAAUCUGUUAGUAUUAACAAGACCGCCGGGAAGCGGAGCUCACAUGAGCUGAUCCCCACCCAGAGUUUAUCGUUCGAGCACCCGCGCAGCUACUAUCACAAGCGCCAGUCUAGCAUGAACGGCUUGGACGAUAUGCGCUCCAGUGUAUCGUCGACAAAUUCAGACUUGGGAAGCUACAGCUACGAGAGCGACUUAAUACAUGAACGGUCGAGCUUGAAAACGAGCAAGAACAGAGAAGAUUUUCCUAAAAUUGGUGACAGCGCUGCUGGAUUCGUUCAAGACCGAACAUUCAGUGUUAUCUAUUCACCCCCUAGGCCAAGCGCCUUUGCUGAGUUCGCCGAGCUCAUGCGCAUUCCAGAAGGAGAGAGUCCCGCUGUCCAGGCUCGUCAGAUUGCCGAGCUUGCAACGGAACUAGGCGUGAUGAAUCAAGACUUCUAUGUUCGUCUUGCUGAUUUCCUCGAAGAUGUUCCCUUGUCCAGGAUAGAAGAGAUCCCUGCGGAUCUAGCUCCAGCUGCUCCCAACGAGUCACUCGAUAAUGUCAGUGGCGAGCUUUCUGACGAGUCCGACGCUUUUUCGGAAACAAACGAGGAGCAAGAACUCGGGACGAUGGUCUACAAUGAUCCGCCUCCACCCAUCUACACGCAGAAUUCUGAUGCUAAAUCUCAAAUCUCGAGCUCAUCCAUAACAAGGAGGGAGAUUCCAAGCGAAGAUUCCGAAGCAGUGAAUACUGAUAUAGAAGAAGAAGAGCCCAAAAAACGUAAACAACGCUGCUCCCCAGCUAGAGAUAUAAAGCCACGAACAUGCCUAAUGGUUAUCGACUGUAAAUCCCUGGUUCAACAAGCUGAACUGAAAACUGAAGACUUGGUCUUUCGUCUCUUCGCUCAGGAAGUCGCCAAUAUUCAAACCUUCGAAUGCAUUCAGGCUGCUGUAGUAGCCGUGUGCGUUUUGGGCGAAAAAAUCGUCAAAAUUCUUGAAUCGGAAGGCGUCCCUUGCGACCUCAUUGAAAGCUGGUUCCUAGAAUACUUCGACUACUUGUCUAGUCGUUCUCUUUUCAUUCAAAAAACUUUGAUUUCUCGCAGAUGUCCGAUCGCUAAUAUCCGCGAGAUGCUUUAUAAGAUGACCUUAGAGAACUUAGAUGAACAUAUUAUGUUAAUGUUGAUGGAAUUGAGUAGUUUGAUGCCAGCUGAUGACAGUGGCCUCGAGACAAUGCAUUCUGGCCCUUCGUACAGAGUGACGUAUCCCCUCGGCUGUGGCCACUGUAGGAUGCAGCAAACUAACGAGCCUGGCGUGGCCACGAGCUGCGAAAAGUGCAAGCGUUUCAUAAUUUGCGACGUCUGCAAAUUGCCCUGUUCCGACUCUCUCAGUCAAUUCUGCCGCCUCUGCCGUCAUGGGGGCCAUGUCGAGCAUUACGAAGCUUGGGAAGCUGAAAACUCGCGCUGCAUGGUCGCUGGCUGCGAAUGCGUCGGUCAUUAA